AUGGCAACGCAAAUGCCGCGGCCGCGGCCACGGCCUGCGCACACUCCUGGCGCAACCCACUGCUCUUACACACCCAACGGUGGCCAGCUUGUCACUGUCGGCUCCAACAACACGAUCCGGCUGUAUAAGACAGGCUUCGAUGGCGAGCCGACCAAUAUUGACGACUGUCCGGAGCAGAAUGUCGGUGUAGCUGCCACCAACGACUUCUUUGUUGUUGGCUCGGAGGACGGCACCGUGAGCCUCUAUUCUCUUGAGACCAAUGCAUUCGACAAAUUUCUCCUCCGAACUUCCCUUCCGAUACGCGACUUGGCGCUCUCUCCAGAUGGACAGUGGUGCGCUGUUGCAAGCGACGAGCUCACGGUCAAGCUUGUCAGCACUGAGGACAACACCAGGGUGCGCCAGCUCAAGGACCAUGGCAAGCCCGCCAAACACCUCUCCUUCGAUCCCAAGGGCAGUAUGAUCGCUCUCUCAUGCACAGACGGAAUUGUAUACAUCUACUCCCUCACAGCGGACCAGCCUGAGCUCAUCCGCAAGGUGGAUGGCGUCAUCGCCGCUCUCGAGGCGGACACGGAGGUUUCGUCUAAAGUGGCCUGGCACCCAGACGGCAGAGCAUUUGCUGUCCCCACGCCGACCCGAGAUAUCCAAGUUGUGUCCAAGAAUGACUGGGAGAACCAGAGGUCUUUUGCAAACGGCCAUGAAGGAGAGAUCACGGCGAUAUCAUGGUCGCCCAAUGGCGCAAUGCUCGCAACGGCAGGCAAGGACAGAAAGCUAUUGAUCUGGGAGACAAAGACUCAGAGCGUCAUCGCCCGGCAUGACUAUGCGAACGUCAUGGAUAUCGCCUGGCACCCGAAGAACAACCUUGUGUCCUUCACCGAUGCUGAAGGCUCCGUGUAUAUCUGCCCCGAUUUCAUUUCGAGCCAGUACUCGAUCCUGCUCAAGUUGCCCAAACAGCCCGCACCUUUCAUCCAUGACCCUCUAGCCGAGGUCUCAGCAAAUACCAGGCGGUUGACGGUGAACGGUCUGAAAGCUGGACCGCCACACCCCAGAGCUGGGUCCCCUGAUAGCCAAGACUCAAUGCUUGACCUUGACGAUGGCGGCUUUGCGGAGGAUGAUGACUUCGUCGUGGAUGAUGAUGGUGCUGGCUAUACUCUGAACGGCGCCACCAAGAGACCUCAUGAUGAUGAUCCGUUUGACGAGAGGCCAUCCAAACGUGCGGAACUGUUCAGCCCCCAAUAUCACGAGGCCUUUCAGCCAGGAUCUACUCCGUGGCGAGGAAAUCGCAAAUAUCUGUGUCUAAACCUCAUUGGGUUCGUGUGGACUGUUGACCAGGACUCCCAUCACACCGUCACUGUUGAGUUCUACGACCACGAAUUCCAACGCGACUUCCACUUUACAGACACCUUCCUUUAUGACAAGGCAUGUCUCACUGAGAAUGGCACCCUCUUCUCGUGCCCACCUCGCGACAAUGCGCCUGCCACAAUCUUCUACCGGCCCCAUGAGACCUGGACGAACCGAAAUGACUGGAGGAUGCAACUUCCAAAGGGUGAGGCGGUGCUGUCCAUGUCGCUCAGCGAUUCGUUCGUCACAGUCAUCACUUCAGCGAACUAUGUCCGAGUCUACACGCUCUUUGGAAUCCCCUACCGCGUCUACCGGCCCAAGAGCACCCCGGUGGUCACUUGUGCCAGCUGGCGAGACUAUGUUCUCACAAUGGGCAAUGGACCCAUGGGCGCCGAUGGCAACACGAGGCUUCUCUAUACAAUUGAGAAUGUGAAGCGGGACGAAAUUUGCCAGAAUGACGACACCGUGGCUCUUCCCGAAGGAGCAUCGAUCAGGAGUGUCUUCUUCUCGGACAAUGGUGAUCCUUGUAUCUACGACUCAACUGGAACACUCCUGACUCUCCUGCACUGGCGACAGCCGUCAAGAGCGUCGUGGGUUCCGCUCUUGGACACUAAACUCCUACCUCGAUUAGCCUCUGGCAGGAAGAAUGAGAACUACUUCCCUAUCGCCGUGGCCGACAACAAAUUUCACUGCAUCAUUCUCAAGGGCGGCGACCAAUAUCCGUACUUCCCGCGACCUCUGCUCUCUGAAUUCGAUUUCUCUAUCCCUCUCACCUCGACCCCGCCCAAGGAGAAGCGGAGUGGAGGCGAGGACGGUGAGGAUGCAGAUGACGUCGAUGCCAGUGAGUCUCGACGGCUGGAACAGGCCUUCAUGCUCAAGAGAAUCCAAGCGGCCCAGCUCGGCGACCUCGUGGACUCGACCUCGUCAUCGCACUCGCAGCGCACGGCGCUGUCGCGGCUCGAGAUCGAAAUCGACAAGACCCUGCUGCAGAUGCUUGCCAUCGAGUGCCGCGAGGGCGAGGAGCGCGGCAUGCGCGCCCUCGAGAUGGUGCAGCUGAUGCGUGACCAGAGUGGCAAGAUGAUCGAGGCGGCCGGCAAGGUGGCGGAGCGGUAUGGGCGGGCCAUUCUCGGGGAGAAGAUCCGGGAGAUUGGCGAGCGGCGGGUCAACGGCAUGGACGAAGACGAGUGA